AUUCUAUAACUUUUCAUGUAAACAAGACUAUAUUUUCAUCUAUUAUCAAUUUGCCGGUAACUUAAUUUACAAACAAUACUCGUUUACUCAUAAGACUAUGGUCAAAGACAUAUGGUAACACCACAUCAACAAUAUUAUCACGAGAUCCAUACACAUAAAACAUCCGAGCAUGAUUCACCCUCCCACAAAAAAUGGAAAAAAAAAAAAAAAACGCACCUCACUUUAUUUUUACUAACUCCCUUAUAUACACCACGUUCAAAAUUCACCAAAAAAAAACCAUCCACUCUUGUUCCCACCUCUUUCUCAUUCUCUCUCCUCCCAUUCCAUGCUCACUCACACUCUCUCUCCUCCAUAACCAAACAUGCUAACCAUCUUCGUCUUCUUCCUCCUCUUCUCUCUCCCACCACCAACUCUCUCCAUCAACCAAGAAGGUCUCUACUUACAACACGUCAAACAAUCUCUCGACGAUCCAAACGGCUUUUUUUCCGGUUGGAAUGACUCUCAUCGCACCCCCUGUAAUUGGACCGGAAUCACCUGUGACUCGGCUUCCGGUUCUGUCACCUCCAUUGAAAUCACCAGUGCUAACCUUGUCGGCCCUUUUCCGGUCAUCGUUUGCCGACUCCGUUAUCUGGAAUACCUUUCUUUCUACGAUAAUUAUCUGAACUCGUCCCUGCCACCGGAUAUUUCUACGUGUCAGAGUCUCCGGCAUCUGGACCUUUCUCAAAAUGGGUUCACCGGAAAUUUGCCGGAUUCUCUGUCCUCUAUUCCAACGCUCGAGUACUUGGACUUGAGCUACAACAACUUUACCGGAGAAGUUCCGGCGACUUUUGGAAGCUUCCAGAAACUCGAGGUUGUUUCGUUGGUGGAUAACUUUUUUAGUGGAAAGUUUCCCAUGUUUUUUAGCAACGUUUCUACUUUAAACACACUUAAUCUGAGUUUCAACCCGUUUCUACCGAGUCGACUCGGUCCUGAACUCGGGAAACUCACGAAUCUCAAGUAUUUCUGGGCAACUCAAACUAACCUUUUCGACGAGUUGCCUGACUCGCUCGGUACUCUGAAGAAUGUGCUGAAUUUCGACGUUUCGCAGAAUCAUUUGACCGGAAAACUCCCGAGUUCGCUCACUGAAAUGACCAGUGCUAUUCAGAUUGAGCUCUACGAGAACAAGUUCACCGGCGAGUUGCCUCUUGGAUGGAAGAACAUGAAAUCUCUGUUACGAUUUGACGCGGCGAUGAACAAUCUUACCGGGACGAUUCCCGACGAGUUGGCUCAGCUCCCACUCUCUUCUUUCAACUUGUACCAGAACCAAUUUCAUGGAGUGGUUCCUGAGAGUAUAGCGGACUCGCCGAAUUUGUACGAGUUCAAGAUCUACAACAACCGAUUCGCCGGUGAGUUGCCUCGGAAACUCGGUGAGAACUCGCCGUUAAAUCUGAUCGAUGUUUCGUUUAACAACUUCACUGGCGAAUUACCUCCGAAUUUGUGCGCAAAUCGUGAAUUAGCUGAGCUUCUGGUGAUCGGGAACUCAUUCUCCGGUGAAAUUCCGGCGAGUUUGUCUGAGUGCAAGUCAUUAACACGAAUACGAUUGAGCGGAAAUCGAUUCUCCGGGAAUGUACCUUCGGGUUUCUGGGGGCUUCCUCGAACCUCACUACUUGAACUCGAAUUCAACGAGUUUACUGGGAAGAUACCGAAAUCUAUUGCUUCUGCUUCGAAUUUGUCUCUAAUCUUGAUUUCUAACAACAGUUUUUCAGGGAAAAUUCCGGAAGAAAUCGGGUUGUUAACCAAUUUAGUAAGUUUCAUGGCGGAUAAUAAUCGAUUUUCCGGGUCAUUACCAGAUUCAAUGCUGAAGUUGCCACAAUUAGAGCGGUUACAUUUGAAUAAUAAUCAAUUAUCCGGUGAAAUCUCACCUGGGAUUAAGUCCUUGAAGAAACUAAAUGAUUUUGAUUUAGGAAACAAUGAUUUAUCCGGUUCAAUUCCGGAGGAAAUCGGUACACUAACAUCGCUGAAUUACCUUGAUUUGUCGAAUAACCGGCUUUCGGGUUCAGUUCCGGGUGAAUUGCAGAAUCUGAAGUUGAAUGAGUUCAAUUUGUCGAACAACCAUCUUUCCGGUGAACUACCGCCGUUUUACGCCAAGGAAAUGUACAAGAAUUCGUUCCUCGGAAACCCGGGUUUAUGCGGCGAUAUAUCAGGCCUUUGUGAUAGUAAGGUGGAAGUUCAAAGAGAAAGAUAUCUUUGGGUAUUAAGAACAAUAUUUGUUCUUGCUGCAAUUGUGUUCUUAGUGGGUGUAGUUUGGUUUUAUUACAAGUACAGAAAUUUCAAGCAAGUAAAGAGCACAAUCGAUAAGUCGAAAUGGACAUUGAUGUCGUUUCACAAAUUGGGAUUUAGUGAGUACGAGAUUUUGGAUUGCUUGGAUGAGGAUAAUGUGAUUGGAUCAGGCGCUUCGGGUAAGGUUUACAAGGCUGUGCUUAGCAAUGGGGAGGCGGUUGCGGUGAAGAAGCUGUGGGCGAUAUCGAAAUUCGCCGAAGGGGGCGAUAUCGAGAACGGUGGGGUUGUUCAGGACAAUGGAUUCGAGGCCGAGGUUGAGACACUAGGGAAGAUUAGGCAUAAGAAUAUAGUGAGGUUAUGGUGUUGUUGCAAGACUAAGGAUUGUAAAUUGCUUGUUUAUGAGUACAUGCCAAAUGGUAGUUUGGGUGAUUUGUUACAUGGUCCGAAAUCAGGGUUAUUAGAUUGGCCUACUAGGUACAAAAUCGCCCUCGAUGCUGCUGAAGGCCUUUCUUACUUGCACCAUGAUUGUGUCCCGGCUAUUGUUCAUAGGGAUGUGAAAUCAAAUAACAUCUUGUUAGACGCCGAGUUUGGUGCUAAGGUGGCCGAUUUCGGGGUUGCGAAAGUGGUGGAUGCUAUCGGAAAAGGAACGAAAUCGAUGUCGGUCAUCGCCGGUUCCUGUGGCUACAUUGCUCCCGAGUAUGCAUACACACUUCGAGUAAACGAGAAGAGUGACACCUAUAGUUUUGGGGUGGUAAUUCUGGAAUUAGUGACCGGAAAGAAACCCGUGGACCCGGAGUAUGGCGAGAAAGACUUGGUCAAGUGGGUGUGCACCACUGUGGACCAGAAGGGUGUGGACCAUGUAAUUGAUCAAAAGAUUGAUUCUUGCUUCAAGGAAGAUGUGUGCAAGCUACUUAACAUAGGGUUACUUUGUACUAGUCCUCUUCCCAUCAACCGUCCAUCAAUGAGAAGAGUGGUGAAAAUGUUGCAAGAAGUGAGCGGUGAGACCAUGUCGAAAGCAGGGAAGAAAGACGGUAAAUUGACACCGUACUAUUACGAAGAUGCUUCCGACCAUGGCAGUGUAGUUUAGGAGGGUCAGUGGUUCAUAUAUACUCCAUAUCUACAAGAAAGAAAUGGAAUUUUAGUGUCAUUUUGUUUGCAUUGAGUGAGGAGGAAAAUAUUUCCAAGAAACAAAGUUCAAAAGUUUUUAAAGAAAAAAGAGAGGGAAGUGAUAAAUAGGGGUAGAGUAGUAGUAUUAAUUACUGUAGUAAGUAUUAAUUAUAAGUUGCUGCUGUACAUUGUAAAUUUGUUUGACCAAUGAGAGUUUUUUAUCAAAAAAAUUCAGAAG